AUGUGCUUCCAGGAGCAGCUGGAGGAGCACCGGAGCUGCCAUGGGCUGACUGAGGGCUGGGUCCUGGCGCAGAGGUUUGGAGGAGGGGAUAAGUUGGUGCCGGUGGAGUCCGCGGAGAAGAUCCAGAGGCAGCAGCAGACGCUCGGGGUGGAUUAUAAACCCGUGGUCAGCUGGGAACAACUGGUGGACCUGACGUACUCGGUGGACCUGACUUACUCCAUGCACCUGGGACAGAAGCCCAAGCUCAUAGAGCAGGAUGAGGCCGCAGUGCAGAAAUUUCGGUCCGUGCCCCCAGGGUGGAGCUACGAGUGCGACAUGGAGCUGGGGCGCUUCCUGUACGAUCACAGCGAGAGGCAGCUGCUGCGCAGGGACUGCACCAAGGAGCACCUCAGCAGCGUCGAGGUCUCCUCGCAGGCGGAGGACUGCGGCGCGGCCUGUCUGACCGACAACCAGUCCCAAACCUUCUGGGAGAGCAACGGGCCCCCGGGGCAGCACUGGGUGCGACUCAGGAUGAAGAAAGGCUCCGUAGUCAAGAAGCUGUGGUUGAUGCUGAAUGGGCAGGCAAGCUCCUACAUCCCCAGGCGGGUGGCCGUGUAUGGCGGGACACCCAACAGUCUGCAGCACCUGAGGACUGUCCUAAUUAACCAGAACAGCUACCAGGACAUCUGCAUCCUCCGGGACAUGAAGGUCCAUCUGCCGGUGCUGGAGAUCCGCAUCCUGGAGUGCCGGGAGCAAGGGUACAACGUCCGCCUGGGAGGGAUUAAGAUCCAGUCCUUUUGGGAGUGGGACCUGGUCCUCAACGCCGACAUGUUCCAGCCAGCCCGAAUGGUGCGCUACCCCCUCCUGGAAGGGCUGGAGGCCGACGUGCUGUACCGGCGGGCUGUGCUCAUCCAGAGGUUCGUCCAGCUCCUGGACAGUGUCUUGCAUUACCUGAUCCCCCUCUCCGAGGACAGCGUCGGCACCUUCAAUGCGCUCAGGAGCAUGAAGCCAUUCCUGCGGCUGUCCAAGCAGAGGACAGCCCUCAUCCCCCACUGCCUCCAGUCCUCGGAGAGCACCCCCCCCACCAUCACCCCAAAACUGUACAUCAACCGCCUCCUGGCCCGGGAGCACCGUGCCAAGCCCACGCUGGACCCCAGCUGCAGGAACGCCGUCUUCACCCAGCUGUACGAAGGCCUCAAAUCCUCCAAGAACAACCAGCCCCUGGACUACAGGUGGCCCCUGAGCUACAGCCAGUGGUGGGAGUGCGAGUUCAUCACCGAGGGCAUCAUCGACAAUGGCGGUGGUUUUCGGGACACCCUGUCGGAUGUGUCGGAGGAGCUGUGUCCCAGCUCGGCUGACGUCCCCAUGCCCCUGCCCUUCUUCGUGCGCACCUCCAACCAGGGUAACAGCAGCAGCGACACCAGGGACAUGUACGUCCCCAACCCCUCCUGCAAGGACUUCCCCAAAUUCGAGUGGAUCGGGCAGCUGAUGGGAGCAGCCCUGAGGAGCAAGGAGUUUCUGGUGAGCACGGCAGGGCCUCCCGGGCUGGUGUGGCUGCCCCAGCUCCGCCGUGAUGGCUUUGGCCGCUUGGGGUUGCAGGUGAAGCAGCUGGAGGUGCUGGAGGGGGUGGACAGGGAGGCCUUCGAGUUCAUGUUCGGCAGAGAGCUGACGUACACGACGGUGCUGAGCGACCAGCGCGUGGUGGAGUUGAUCCCCAACGGCAGCAGCACCGUGGUGCGCUACGAGGACCGCAAGGAGUUCAUCCGCCUGGCGCAGAAGGCUCGGCUGGAGGAGAGCAAGGAGCAGAUCGCAGCCAUGCGUGCCGGGCUGCUCAGCGUGGUGCCCCAGCCCGUGCUGGAGCUGCUGACCUGGCAGCAGCUGGAGAAGAAGAUCUGCGGGGACCCCGAGAUCACGAUGGCCGAGCUGCGCAGGUUCAUCACAUUUGAGGACUUUCCCGCCAACGACUCCCGCGUCCAGAACUUCUUGGAGGCGCUCAACAACUUCACCAGCGAGGAUCUCAGCCGCUUCCUUAAGUUCGUCACUGGCCGGAGCCGCCUCCCGGUCCAGAUCACUGUCUACCCAGAAAGGUCAAACUUGGAUGCGUUAGACCUGAUGCCACAGUCCUCCACGUGCUCCUGCACCUUCUAUUUGCCCAACUAUUCCUCGGCCAAGGUGUGUGAGGAGCUGCUGCGGUACGCCGUGUACAACUGCAUGUCCAUCAAAAAACGGGGACGAGUGAAGCCGCCCCAGCCCCUUGUGCCAUGGGAGCUUCACUCCCUGGGUUCAAUAAACCUGCAGGGCCGGAUCCUGCUGUCUUGCCCCUGUCCUGUCUGUGUCCUUGCUUCUUAA